AUGAACACCACUCUGUGCCCCUCCAAGGGCGCUGCCGGCCUCGCGCCGCGUGUUCUGGCGCCCCGCGGCGCCGUGAGUGCUCGGUUGUGCUCUCACGCGCCGCGCGCGGUCCCGGGCGCCCAGGAGCUGGCGACAGCGGUCACUGAGGCCGGCCAGCAGGCUGCAGCUCUCGCGCCGUCGUGGGCGUCGUCCGCGGCGGUCCUCGCCGACCUCGACUCCGGGAACAGCUUCAGCGUGGGGCAGUCGGCCGCGACGCUGAUCGAAGAGCAGCUCAAGACGCUGUCGCCGGUCACGUUCGCGGCUUUGCUGGGUGCGGGGCUGGCAACGAGCUUGAGCCCGUGCACGCUGUCCGUGCUGCCGCUCACGAUCGGGUACAUCGGAGGGUACCAGACGAACCAGUCUGCGGAAGACGAAGAGGGGCAGCCGCCGCUCGCUCUGCGCGCCACCGCGUUCUCCCUCGGCCUCUCCUCGACGCUCGCGCUCCUCGGCGUCGCCUCCACCUCCCUCGGCAAGGCCUACGGCCAGCUCGGAGGCGGCCCCGCCAUCCCCAUCGCGGUGUCGCUCGUGGCGAUCGCCAUGGGCCUCAACCUCCUCGAAGUCGUCACCAUCCAGCUGCCCUCCGUCGACGUCGACGUCCGCAAGGCCGGCCUCGGCCCGCUGCCCACGUCGUACCUCGCGGGGCUGACGUUCGCGCUGGCGGCGUCGCCGUGCUCGACGCCGGUGCUCGCGACGAUUCUCGCGUACGUCUCGACGCUCGACAACCCGCUCGUCGGCGGCGGGCUGCUCCUCACGUACACGACGGGCUACGUCGCGCCGCUGCUGUUCGCGGCCACCGCCACGGAGGCGCUCGGCAAGGUCAUGUCGAUGCGCGAGUCCAGCGCGUGGAUCACGCCGGCCAGCGGCGCGCUCCUCAUCGCGGGCGGAUCGUACACGCUCGCGUCCCGCCUGCUCUGA